ACAAUUGUAUUUUGCAGCACUUCUAUAAAGUUUCCAGUGUCACGAUGGAGAAGUAUGAAAAUCUUGGUCUGGUGGGAGAAGGCAGUUAUGGGAUGGUGAUGAAGUGUCGACACAAGGAAAGUGGUAGAAUAGUGGCCAUCAAAAAGUUUCUGGAAAGUGAAGAUGACAAAAUGGUUAAGAAAAUAGCAAUGAGAGAAAUCAAAUUACUUAAGCAAUUACGUCAUGAAAAUUUGGUAAAUUUAUUAGAAGUCUGCAAGAAAAAGAAGCGCUUGUAUCUAGUCUUUGAAUUUGUUGACCGCACAGUGCUUGAUGACCUUGAACAGUUUCCAAAUGGGUUGGAUUUCAACAGGGUUCGAAAGUAUUUAUUUCAGAUUAUACGAGGGAUUGGAUUCUGCCACAAUCACAAUAUACUUCAUCGUGACAUAAAGCCAGAGAACAUACUGGUUUCACAUACGGGGGUGGUAAAGCUAUGUGAUUUUGGAUUUGCACGGACAUUGGCUGCUCCAGGCGAAGUAUACACAGAUUAUGUGGCCACCCGAUGGUACAGGGCACCUGAGCUUUUGGUUGGCGAUAUCAAGUAUGGCAAGGCUGUUGAUGUGUGGGCAAUUGGCUGUUUGGUAACGGAAAUGCUUACUGGGGAACCACUUUUUCCUGGAGACUCCGAUAUUGAUCAGUUGUAUCACAUAGUUAAGUGCCAAGGAAACCUAACUCCACGCCUUCAGGAGCUAUUCUAUAACAAUCCACUGUUUGCUGGUGUGACUUUGCCAGAGAUUAAAGAAGUUGAACCACUUGAAAAGCGAUAUCCUAAACUCUCCCCUGUUAUAUUAGAUUUAGCAAAGAGCUGUUUACAAAUUGAUCCAGACAAAAGACCAUCUUGUAUGAUGUUGCUGCAGCAUGACCUAUUUAGGAAGGACGGCUUCUCCGAGAGGUUCUCACAGGAAAUCAGUGCCAAAGUCCAGAAGCUGUCUAAAGACAAUCCAUCACCUCCCCGCAAAAUUAAAAACUCCAAAAAAGAUGAUUACCCUGGAGAGAAGAAAGCAUUGGCCAUGCAGGACUUCAACAUAGAAUCUAAAGGAAAAGAUAUAAAACCUUUAAAAGUCAAAAUAAUCAAAAUGGAUACAGAUAAAAGUGAGAAGAAUGAUGUAGCAUCUAAUGCUAGCACUUUAUUUAAUGGACCAAAUCAGAACAGAACUACUCCUUACUUCACACUGAAAGAAUCAAGCACUGGCUUAGAUCAGCAAAAAAUCCAGUGCAGCAUAAUCCCUCCAAUCAGUUACAACCCUCCUACCAUCUCUCCUCAUCUGACAUCCUCAACCAAUGCAUCAUCUGUCUCUAGCCAUGUUAGCUUCAGGGGAGAAGAAAAAGGGAAAAUGUUUGUCAGUUCUUUAAAAAAAAGUGGAGGAAAGCCUUCCACGGGUUACAAUCAGAAUGUCACAACAUUGAUUGGCAAUGGCCCUCUUCAACUAAACAAGAAAAAGUGGGAGUUUUCAAGAGCUGACAUGAGACUGCCAGAACUUAGUUAUGGCCAUUUGCCAGAACUGAAGAGCACGGAUGUUGGUACUCUUUACAAUGUCCGAAGUUCAAGACUGGUGAAGAAAGAAAACAAGACACUACCAGAGACUCGUAUCCCUUGUCUUGCUAUGAUUGAUCCCCUUAACACAAGCACAGCCUUGCCACAGUUUGCGGGAAAUUCAACCCAAGAUCAUACAGAUGUUUCAGAAGCAAAUUUCCCUCCGGUAGAACAUUAACAGAACAUUUGAAGAUAGAGACAAGAGGCAAGGACGUUAUAUUAUUAACGAAAAUGCGACACGACUAAGAGAAGACAUUCUGCCAGGAUCGGCUCGGAGCCUUAUUUUGGAUACAGUGUUACAGAUUGCUAUCAUGACAAUACAGUAAAAUGCUAUAGAAAUAUUAUACACUAAGCACUGCUGCAGCUUAAUUGUAUCCAAUGACAGGUUACCACAUGCUGGGUUCAGUGUAGCUUUACUGGUCUGGAUACCCGACAGCAUUAAACAGGACUUGUUUAUAACAAUAUGUAUCAAUAUGCUAUAAUGGAACCCAGUCAAUGACAUUUACACAUACUCUGUGGGAUUAUUUCAGUAUACUUUAUUAUUUGAGAAUGCAGCAUGUGUAGUCUAUGGCAAAUGACUUGACCAUAUCAAGAAAAACGUUACACUUUUUUGGAGGUGAAGAGGAUUCGUCAACCAAAUGUGAUAAUCUUUUCCAUAUACGUCAGUUCGAAAGUAUUUUACAUUGAGGGUGACUUACAGGCUG